UGAAGGAUACGUACGGUUAAGCGGAAAAUGGAAGUUUAUGGAUAUUAAGCUCAAAACAAAAAAAUCCCCCGUCGGAGUGUGAGAGUGUAAUAGAGAGAAAAAACACAUAGGGAAGAGAAAGAGAAUAGUGUCCGUGUGUGUGAGUGUGUGCAUUCGCUGAGAGAAGGAGUAAAAGUGCAUUUGCAACAACCACAAUAACAAUAUGAGAACAGGGAGUGCAUUCAGUGUUACACAUACAGAAUAAGAACCCGCUAACGGUGUGGCGCUUCAAAGGGAGACUCUCUCUCCCAACGAAAGUUUAAAUACAUAGGAAACGCAGAAAAAAUAUUAAACAAAUAAGGAUAGCGAAGAAAAGGCGCGCGCGAGAUAAAAUUUUAUGGGCGCAAUUGCUGGUCGUUGACAAAUGUCAAGUGUAAUGUCAGCAUAAUUUCAAUACAUCGAAUGUAAUUUCUACAAAGGCUUCAAAGCCUUCGAAUCGAGCAGUCGCUAAUAAACCGGAAAGUGUAUUGAGUUCGAAUGUGAAAAUAUUUCAAAACAGCAUUAAAUGGAAAGUAAAGAAAAAAUAAAAUCCAAAAAUAGUGCCAAAUAGAGAACAAAAAUUAAAAAAUAAAAAAAAACAUAAUUUUGAAAGAAAAAUUGCAAUAAAAUGCCAAAUUGAAAACCUUGCCUCCAUAUCAUAGAUCCACUCAGUGCAAAAUCAAGUGAUAUCAACGAAAUCCUUCAACUGGAAUUGGGCGCAAAGUGAAGCCACAAAAAAAAAUCGAAAAAGUAAACGAAAACAAAACUUCAAAACAAACAUCAUGUGGAUUAGUUGCCAUGCUGUGUUAGUUUUGCUUCUUUUGCAUUCCGAUGUUCUCCUGGCGGAAGUCUAUGAAACACAUUUACGCGGUCCGGGCUUUGUCAUGGAACCACCAGGACGUGUUGAGUUCUCGAAUUCCUCGGGCGGUUGGCUGGAUUGCUCAGCCUCGGGCAGCCCUCAACCGUCCAUCGACUGGGUGCAUGCAGACGGCACCGCCGUAACGGAAAUUCAUGGUGUACGCCGGGUGCUGCGCAAUGGCACUCUGGUACUUUUGCCAUUUCCGGCUGCCGCCUAUCAUCAGGAUGUGCACAACACAAUAUAUCGUUGCGUUGCCAGCAACAGUGUUGGGCGCGUAGUUUCCCGUGAUGUGCAAGUCAGGGCUGUCGUUGCACAAGCUUACAAGGUUGAUGUUGAAGUUUUAUCUGCAUCUCGAGGUUGCACCGCCAUUUUGCGUUGUGUAGUACCGACAUUUGUAAAGGAAUUGGUUCGAGUGGUCUCAUGGGUUCAUGAACCUGCUAUCUACAUAUAUCCAUCAUUGCAAGGCGAUGGCAAAUUUCAUCUCCUACCCACCGGUGAAUUACUUAUUCAUAAUCUGCAGGAGAGUGACGAGUCCCAAUCGUUUCGUUGCCGGAGCAUGCAUCGACUGACACGUCAGGUUGUUGUCAGUUCGCCCACGAGACUGAGAAUAAACUCUCAUCGAGGCAUUAUAUCGCCAAGUGUUGUUGAGCAUACAGCACAUGUGCAAGUUUCCCAGGAUGAAGGUGCCGUGCUGUUGUGUGUGGCCCAGGGUUGUCCAUCGCCGGAAUACAGUUGGUACACCCACAAUGGACCUGGCCCCCUGCCUGUCUUGAGCGGUCCGCGGAUACGUUUGCUGGGACCCAUAUUGGCAAUUGAAGCGGUGACGGGUGAAGACUCAGGUGUCUACAAAUGUACGGCAAGCAACGUGGGCGGUGAAGCCAGUGCUGAGUUGCGGCUCUCGGUGGCAACACCCAUACAAGUCGAAAUUCAACCAAAUAUUCUCAGUGUUCAUAUGGGUGGUACGGCCGAGUUUCGCUGCUUGGUGACCAGUAACGGCAGUCCGGUGGGCAUGCAGAACAUACUUUGGUACAAAGAUGGCCGUCAAUUGCCAUCGUCUGGCCGAAUUGAGGAUACCCUGAUUGUGCCACGAGUUGGUCGUGAAAAUCGUGGCAUGUAUCAAUGCGUCGUUCGUCGUCCGGAGGGUGAUACAUUUCAGGCUACUGCUGAGCUGCAAUUAGGAGAUGCCCCACCCGUUUUACUGUACAGUUUUAUUGAGCAAACAUUACAGCCGGGUCCGGCAGUAAGUUUAAAAUGCUCGGCAGCCGGAAAUCCAACGCCGCAAAUUUCAUGGACACUGGACGGUUUUCCACUACCAUCAAACGGAAGAUUUAUGAUUGGCCAAUAUAUAACAGUUCACGGUGAUGUCAUCAGUCAUGUAAAUAUCACACAUGUCAUGGUCGAGGAUGGUGGAGAAUAUUCAUGCAUAGCUGAAAAUCGGGCUGGGCGUGUUCAGCAUUCAGCCCGUUUAAAUAUCUACGGUCUUCCAUAUAUUCGCAUUAUUCCAAAAGUCACGGCAGUUUCCGGAGAAACCCUGAACCUUAAAUGUCCUGUGGCUGGUUAUCCCAUCGAAGAGAUUCACUGGGAACGUGGUGGACGAGAACUGCCCGAUGAUAUACGACAACGUGUGCAACCGGAUGGAUCGUUGACCAUAACUCCGGUACAGAAGAAUACCGAUUCAGGCGUCUACACAUGUUGGGCACGCAACAAACAGGGUCACAGUGCUCGACGUAGCGGCGAAGUGACUGUUAUUGUACCGCCGAUUAUAGAACCCUUCGUUUUUCAAGAUGGUCUAGCCGAAGGUAUGCGCACACGUACCGUGUGCGGUGUAUCACGCGGGGACCCCCCUUUGAAAUUGACAUGGCUCAAGGACGGUGAGCCAUUGCCUGAUCUAUUGGGCGCCAAUGUCACUAUGUUAGAUCAGUAUUCGUCGUUGUUGAGCAUACCUUCGUUAUCGGCCUCGCAUUCCGGCGAAUAUACAUGUGUGGCAAAAAACCCAGCAGCUGAGAUCAAAUACAACGCCCUAUUACAGGUCAAAGUACCUCCCCGUUGGAUAGUUGAACCAAGUGAUGCAAAUGUGGAACGUAAUCGCCAUAUAAUGCUGCAUUGCCAGGCCCAGGGUGUUCCAACGCCCAGUAUCGUUUGGAAAAAGGCAACGGGUAGCAAAUCUGGCGAAUAUGAAGAGGUGCGUGAGCGGCCAUUUACAAAAUUACUUUCGAACGGUUCAUUGCUGCUGCAACAUGUCAAAGAGGAUCGAGAGGGGUUUUACCUGUGUCAGGCCAAUAACGGCAUCGGUACUGGAAUUGGCAAAGUGAUACAAUUAAAAGUUAAUUCUUCGCCCUAUUUCCAAUCGACAUCACGUUCGGUGACGGUGAAAAAGGGCGAUACGGCCAUACUGCAGUGUUCGGUAAGCGGUGACAAACCGAUUAAUAUCGUUUGGAUGCGUUCGGGCAAAAGUACACUGAAUCCAUCGACAAAUUACAAGAUUUCAGUUAAACAGGAAGCCACGCCAGAUGGUGUUUCAGCUGAGUUACAAAUACGUUUGGUCGAUGCUACCGAUAGUGGUCCGUACUUUUGCCGUGCCAGCAAUUUGUAUGGCAACGAUCAGCAAUUGGUGCAGUUAAUGGUGCAGGAACCACCACAACCACCAUCAGUGCUGGAGGCAGCAAUGAUUUCUAGUCGAUCGGUAAAUUUGAAAUGGCAGCCCAAGGUUCAAAAUUCAGGCGAUGUCACCAAAUACAUUGUGGAAUACAAGGAGAUGGAUGCAGCCACAUUCAUGGAUCAAUGGCAGCACACGGAGGUCAAGGAUCCACCUAGUUUUAAUGCCCUGAUUGAAAAUCUCAAACCGGCAACUCGUUAUGCCUUUCGUGUCAUAGCUGAGGGAACGGCUGGACGUAGUGCCCCAAGUCAGGAGUUAAUAAUACGUACCGAACCCCAAAGACCAGCGGGGCCACCACUUAAUUUGUCUGUACGUCCCUUGUCUUCGACGGAAUUGCUUGUUAGCUGGAUUGCUCCUCUGGCCGAGCUGAGGCAUGGCGACAUUCAGGGCUAUAAUGUGGGCUAUAAAUUGGCCAGUUCCGGUACUACGGCAUACAAUUUUACCUCUGUGUCUGGAGAUGGCGAUGGUGGUACGGGGGAGCUACUUUUGACUGGUUUGCAAAAAUUUGCCCGCUACAAUGUUGUGGUGCAGGCAUUCAAUCAAGUUGGUCCGGGGCCACUAUCCGAACCAGCUUCGGCACAAACUAUGGAAGAUGUACCCAGUCGUGCCCCCGAAGAUAUACGCUGUGCUGCCCUUACAUCCCAAUCCCUGCAAGUGUCCUGGCAACCACCAGCCAUUCACCACACCAAUGGCAUUCUACAGGGCUACAAAUUGAUUUUCGAACCCAUUCUAGAUGACUAUUCUCCUAACAAAGAUGAAGUCGAAUCCCGCAAGACAACAGCACUGACAACGGUGCUAACGGGAUUGCGCAAGUUUACCAACUACAGCAUUCAGGUGCUGGCCCAUACACGCAUGGGCGAUGGCGUCCUCUCAAAUUCCAUUUACUGUCACACCGAAGAAGAUGCCCCCGAGGCACCGGCCGACAUUAAAGUGGUUGUCAGUUCCCCUCAAUCUCUCUAUGUAUCCUGGCUUCCACCCACCGAACCGAAUGGUGUCAUUACCAAAUAUAACCUCUACACAAGGGUUGUUAACGGCCGCGAAGAGUUAAACAAUGAAAAACGUAGUCUUCCAUCCCAGCAGUCCUACUAUGAGGCGAAAAAUUUACAUCCCCACAUGGAAUAUCAAUUUUGGGUCACAGCAUCCACACGUGUCGGAGAGGGUAAAAGUUCCAAGGUUUCCUCACAGAUCACAACGAAUCGUGUGCCAGCACGUAUUGUCUCAUUUGGUGGACCAAUUGUGAGGCCAUGGCGUUCCACGGUGACACUGGCCUGCACAGCAGUGGGCAAACCAAAACGAGAGUGGUUUAAGACUGAUGUUCCCCUGAGGCAGGGGGGUUUACACAAUACCCAACUGCUGGAUUCGGGAGAUUUGAUUAUAUCCAAUUUACAAGUUUCGGAUAGUGGCAACUAUAGCUGUCAGGUUGACAAUGGCAUUGGCACCGAUCGCCUAACUCAUAUGCUUUUGGUACAAGUUCCCCCCUCUGCGCCUGUCCUAUAUGUGACAAGUGCAACGACCAGCAGUAUUCUCAUGCAUUGGAAGUGUGGAUUCACCGGCAAUGCUCCCAUUACCGGCUACACGCUCUAUUAUCGACGAACACCGGGAAAUAUUGAAGAGAAACAGUUAUCACGCCAUGCCUCCAGUCACGAAUUGAAGGGCUUAGUUUGUGGCAGUACAUAUCAGAUACAUUUAACCGCCACCAACAAGGUGGGAACAUCGCCGGCCAGUAUUACACUACACGUUCGAACUCAGGGUCAAUCUCCGGGAGUGCCUUCAACGACAACCCUGAUUGCUCCCAACUCGACGUCGGUUAGCAUACGUUUACACACAUGGCCAGAUAAUGGUUGUCCCAUAUUAUAUUUCGUAUUGCAAUAUCGUCCCGUGACUGAUGCACCCGAAAAGGAUUGGAUACUGGUGUCAAACGCCCUGAAACCACAGCGACGCUUUACCAUAUCUGGUCUCCAACCAUCGACACUCUAUCAGCUGCGCAUGGAGGCGCACAAUGUGGCCGGGGUGUCACAGGCCGAGUUCUCGUUCGUUACACUCACCAAGGACGGUGAUCCACCACCACCGGAGAUUGUGCAGCGCGGCCAGCGUGGCACCAAUGUAUUCUACGGAAAUGUCAACCUAUUGAUACCGAGCAUAGCUACCGUAUCUGGGAUGAUAUGUACCAUAGCACUGGUUUUCAUGUGCUACCGACACAAACAAACCGGACGCAUACAAAAGGAAUCGUUAGAAAAUCGCCAGAACUCUGAAGCUGCUCAGCGUGAACGUUACUAUGCCACAAUUCAUAAGGUUUCGAUGCAGAACAACGAUAAGAUACCAGAAACAUCCGAGGAUAUUUCACCCUAUGCCACAUUUCAGCUAUCCGAAAGUGGUAAUAUGUCCCAACCGCAUCAUGCUGGUCCAGCUAAUACCCUGCUGCAUUCGUUUAUGUACCACGAACGAGCUCUGACGGAGGGCUGUUCGUCGACACCACCUGCUGCGUCUUCCAAAAAUCGUCGACGACAUUCCCGCAAAACGGAGCCCGAAAGCGAGGAGUCCGAAUCGGAUCAGGACCAGCUGACGUCAAGUCGUACGGAGUCUUCCAAUCAACAUGAGGGGAAAAUGAAACACAGUAUCAUCUACCAUGGGGCACAAUCAAGCACAUCCUCUGAUCUAUCACCAAUGUCCGAACAAAAAUCAUUGCCACGUCGCGGUCGUUCAAGGUAUCAUCAUCAAUUAUAUCAGUUUUCCACCAACACAACACCGCGACAUCAUAACAAUAGCAAAAACUCUUCCAGCAACAAUCCAAACAAGAUCCUCUCGCCACGCAGUGGUGUCGGCAAUCUCAAGUCCAUAUCGAGCACAUUCAAAUCACAAGACUCCAUUCAGUGUCACAUACCCACAUUGGUUAAGUCACCAUCCAUUACACAGCAACAAAACAAACACAACCAACAACAACAGCAACACCAGCAGCAACAACAACAGUCCUCAAACAUAAACACAUCCAGUAGCUUCACCAGUAGUAAUUGUAGCAAGAUAUCACAACAACCCCUACUUGUCACACCCAAAAUUGCACCACACCACUCCCAGCAACUCCAAAUGAACACUGGCAACCUCCACCACACCAGCGACUUGCUCGACAGUAGUAGUUGUAACAACUCCCUUGCAUCUGUAGCCCCCUCCCUGGCAUGCAUGCAGCCAUCAUCACAAUUUCGUCCCAUUGCCCAUAAGGCCGACGAAGGUCUGUCGGGCGGCACUCUCUUGAAUCCCUCAACAGCUCCAUUGUCGUCGAAAUUCUUUACGGCACCGACCCUGCCCAAAUAG